AUGGUCUACGUUAAAAUUUCAAUCGUCGUCAGCCGCGACAUCGAGUGCGACUGCACUACCAGAUACAACGGACUCAGCCAUGAAGCAGUCUUCCAACGCCGCUUCAACCCAGACGCCAACGAAUUGUAUGUCGACAAUCCAGCCGAUGUUCUCGACGCACUAGGCUGUUGCGGUGCUCUCAAACUCAAAUCUCGCAAUGCGGAUGGCGAGGUGACUAUUGACGAAGGAUCGCGUGUAGUUGCUAUCGACAGUACAUGCAGUGCGAACGGAAAUGAAGCCAAUCGAGCUGCAUAUGGUGUUUAUGUAGGCGACACGACACCUAAUUGUGUUUCUAAGCUUCUCGACGAGGAUAUCCCGCAGACGACUCAAGUAGCUGAGUUAGUCGCUGUGCGUGUGGCUUUGAGGAUGGCUGAGCAGGUUCUGGAUGCUUUUAUUGCGCGGGGAGGAAAUGAUGACGGCGAUGAGAAUGCAUCGAGAAUUUCUAAGAUUCUCAUCAUUACCAAUUCGGCAUCUGUGGUUGAUGGGUUUGCGGAUUGGAUCUACAAGUGGAAGGAAAACGGAUUCAAGACUUCGAAUGGCAAGCCGGUUGUUAAUGCUGAGAUUUUCCGGGAGUUGGAUACUUUGAUCUCGAAGUUCAAUCAUUUUCAUAUCCCGGUUUGGUUUGGCAGGUGA